AUGCGUCGGGAUGAUGUCACUCCAAUCCGUGUCAAGGAAAAGGAAGACUUCUUUGAUUGGGAUAAGUAUCUCGAUCAGUACUGGGCUCCAGUCAAAGCUGUAUCAGAACAUCACUGCUUCGAAGUGGAUGGUACAAGGAGCAUGCAUCAUAUGUUUGUCAAGCCGUUCGAUGGAGCCAAGGAAGAGGCCCAGCUACUCACUCGAUUGAAGUUUCGUCCCAAGGAAUGGAGGAAAGCUCACAAGAAUCAAGACUGGAGUGUCUUCAAGGAGCCGCUGACCUUGGAACAUGGACCAGCCCACUUAGAACCUCCUGGAAUUCCCGACAUCAAGUGGCAGGAGCUGUAUGACAAGUGGCGCAAGCUGAUACCACUAGACAAGAGAACAAUCAAGUGGUUUAAAGAAGACCCGGGAGUAGAACGUCGAGCGAAGGUUCAAGCCAAUUCGAAAAAGGCCAAAGCUACCAGGAGGCAACGUACAGCUACUAAGGUGUCAGCAGCUGAAGCAGCCACUAUGGCUACUGCGCCAACUGAAGUUAACAACUCUAUCUAA